CCCUAGAAAAGCCACCAUCUUCCUCCAGCCCAGACGUUCCAGCUUCUCUGGAGCAUGAGCAUGUUUGUACCUUGCCGCUCGAUGGGAUAGAUCUUCUACGCUUCGUCUGGUCUUGCUUUUUCUUCUAUUCUUCGAGGCACCUCUUCCUCACUCAGCCUUGCCGAUGCCUUGAGGAUGGUCCAGCUCAACGCCGAGUAUCUGGCGGCCGGUGCCAAUAGGCAUCCUGCCGCCGCCGACUGGGACGAGAGUGGAAUCCUGGCCUUUGGAGCGGAUAGGAAUAUAGCAUUAUGGCGACCUCAAAAUUCUGGCUCCCGAGGUGUUUAUGACUUCCUCCAAGGCCACACUGAUACUGUGAAUGUCGUGAAGUUUGUCCCCAAUUCGCAGGGGAUCUUGCUCAGUGGCUCUGUUGACAAGACCGUCAAAAUUUGGAAGAGAGCCACGACCUCUGAACACUACACCUGUGCUCAGACGAUUUCAGACCAUGCAAGUUCCAUCAAUUGUAUAGCAGUAGCACCUGGCGCAACAAUAUUUGCGUCCGGCUCUGCAGAUGCCACUAUUAAGAUCUGGUGUCUUGAUGAAUCGAACACGGCCAGCCUACGACAGUCUAUCACUGUCACCCCAAGAUUCUUUCCCCUGGCGAUGGCCUUGAGCCCGCUCACGGGUGCGCUAGAUUCCUACGUGCUUGCGGUGGCUGGGACGAAAGAUAUCAUCCAGCUCUAUGUCCUAGAUUCCCAGAGCGGACCGGAAUUCAAACUCCAAGCUACUCUUUCUGGUCACGAGGGGUGGAUCCGCUCGUUGGAAUUCACGAAAGAGAGUGAUAGUCCACACAGCGAUCUCCUGUUGGCAUCUGCGAGCCAGGACAAAUAUAUCCGCCUGUGGCGAGUUCACCAAGGUAAAGAGUUGCCAGCGGCAGCCGCCUCUGCAGAUCCUUCGUUGGGAGCCUUCCUUCCGGGAAAGUCUUUGUCUAAUAAAGCCCAUCGAUUCAAGGCCCAAGGACUGGAUUACUCAGCUACAUUUGAAGCGCUUCUACUUGGGCAUGAGGAUUGGAUCUAUAGCACGAGAUGGCGUAGAGACAAGAAAUUGCAAUUACUCUCUGCAUCUGCGGAUAACUCAUUAGCAAUUUGGGAGCCUGAUGCCACGACUGGUGUGUGGGUUACUAUUACCAGACUAGGAGAGAUCAGCUCCGAGAAAGGUUCGACAACAGCUACUGGUAGUACCGGAGGCUUCUGGACUGGUCUCUGGUCCCCCUCUGGCUCAACAGUAGUAUGCCUUGGGAGGACUGGGAGCUGGAGACUGUGGAAUCACAGCGACGAGCAGGAUCGAUGGAUCCAAGGAGUGGGUAUCAGUGGCCAUACACAAUCCAUCACCGGCAUUGCGUGGUCGCAGGACGGCGAUUACCUCCUCUCCACCAGUUCCGAUCAAACUACCAGACUGCAUGCUAAGUGGAAGCGUGGGGAACAGUAUUCCUGGCAUGAGAUGGCAAGGCCCCAGAUCCACGGCUAUGAUCUCAAUUGCAUCGAUUCUUUGGAUUCAUCUCGAUUUGUAUCGGGAGCGGAUGAGAAGCUCCUCCGAGUAUUCAACGAACCCAGGGCCGUUGCGAAUCUCCUGAGCAAACUUUGCGGCUUUGGAGGGUCUCACCUAGAAGAGAUGCCAGAUGCAGCUAAUAUGCCGGUCCUUGGUCUCUCUAACAAAGCAAUAGAAGCAAUUGGGGAUGACGAGGAAGUGCUGAACGGCAACGAGAAUGAUCGCGAGGCGAUCGAUCCAGCUUCUGUGGUCCACAAAUCCACAUUGGACCUCGAUUAUCCACCUACGGAGGAACACCUAUCACGGCAUACUCUGUGGCCUGAGAUGGAAAAGCUGUACGGGCACGGUUACGAGAUCUCGGCCCUCGCAGCCAGCCAUGAUGGGUCGGUCGUUGCGACAGCGUGCAAGGCCAGCUCUAUCGACCACGCUGUGAUCCGGCUCUUUGAAACGAAGACCUGGCAUGAGAUCAAGCCUCCCCUCACCGCACACUCUCUGACCGUAACCCGGCUGCGCUUCUCCGCAGACGACCAGUAUCUGCUCAGCGUUGGUCGUGACCGGCAAUGGGCAGUGUUCCAGCGAGACGCUACUGACAAGUCCAAAUACACACAGUUUGCGUUAGAUCCGAAAGGCCACACCCGGAUGAUCCUGGAUGCGGCAUGGGCGCCGACCCCGUUGCCUCUCUUUGCGACAGCGGGACGGGACAAGCAGGUCAAGAUUUGGGUAAGGGAUGAAGCGUCAGCAGGUUUUGUUCACAAGGCUACUAUCACGGAGGAGGGUCCCGUCACGGCGAUAGAUUUCCUCGACGCGGAGACAGGGGAUGGUCAGGUGUGUCUCGCAGUCGGGAUGGAGACGGGCCACUUUAAGAUCUACAGCUUGGUUAUCAAGGGAGAUUUUUCCGCUCAGGAGAUCGAAUUGGCUUCUCCAAUCUCUUACGCGAACCCGGCAAGGGCAAUUACACAGUUGGCUUGGAAACCUGCAAAUAGAGCUCAUCCAGGGGAGAGCGGGAUGGAACUUGCAAUUGCGAGCGAGGAUGGCUCUUUGCGCGUCUAUUCUUGUAAUCUUGCUGAGUCUUGAGAGGGACCCAUGUAUGCUAGAUGCUGCGCCUGCCAUGUUUAAUAUAAAGACAAGCUCUAAAUCGUUGAGUCCGUAGUGAUAAAAGACACCUGGGUAUGUUAAAUGUUACGCCAACCAUGCAUGCACCGUGUUGAAGAGCCGUUGAAGCGCU